AUUUCCAUUUUGUAUUAAAAAUCUCAUAUAUUUUUUUAUUCUAUAUACUGUCUUCAAAAAUCUCCCACUAAGCAAAUUGGCCCGUUGACUCAUUCUCUUGGCUUUUUUGCACUUUGUAUAAAACGCAACCCAAGCCCCACCUUUCCCAUCAUCAUUGUCUCUCCUUCUAACUUUUCCUAGCUUUGUGGUAAUCUUGUUCUUGCCUCUAAAGUGGAAGUAGCAAUGGCUGCAUAUGCUCUUCUCUUGGCUUCAAUUCUUUUCUCUUGUUUAUGUGGUUCCUCUUAUGGAUUUAUACUCUUUUCUUCUCUGCAAAAAACUCUUCUAGUCACUGCUUCACCAAGACCAGGACAAGUUCUUAAAGCAGGUGUGGACAAUAUUACUGUUAGCUGGGGAGUAAAUCAGACGCUCCCAGCUGGGACUGACGCAGCCUACAAAACCAUCAAGGUGAAGUUGUGUUACGCGCCAGUAAGCCAAACGGACCGCGCUUGGAGAAAAACCGAGGACAACCUAUCCAAAGACAAGACUUGCCAAUUCGCCAUCGUUUCUAGGCCUUACACUUCUACCAACAACAAUCAAUCAUUUACGUGGACUGUCGAGCGUGACGUGCCCACUGCCACGUACUUUGUACGCGCCUAUGCUUACAACUCCGACGGAGCCGAGGUGGCUUACGGUCAAAGCACAGAUGCUCAUAAAACCACAAACCUCUUUGAGAUCCAGGCAAUUACCGGCCGCCACGUGUCACUCGAUAUUGCCUCAGUUUGCUUUAGUGCUUUCUCUGUUUUGGCGUUGUUUGGUUUCUUCAUGAACGAGAAGAGAAAGGCCAAGAGGACUCGAGGAAAGUGAAGGCAAACAUAUACCAAAGGCAAAGGGUGGCAUGUUUUAGUUUUAUUUUAUUUAUGAAGUGUAUUGGGGUUUUGUUGUUUUACCGGGGAAGGAUCAUUUUGGUUAUGGCAAACUUAGUAAUUCAAUGUGCAAUGGAUAAUUGGAUAGGGAUGCUUGAAUUAUAAUCUUCUUUGUUUAAAAGAAAAUGAAAGAAAAAUGCUUUUACAGUGCAAAUUACUAUAAA